AAAAAAAAAGAAAACAGUUGGUAAAUUAAAAGUUCUUUCAAAACCCUAAUAAGUUAUGGCAAUUCUGCAGUAGCUGCGACAACCUUGAAGAACACACAAUGAACGCAUCAAUAAUCGAUCCAUUGCAAGGAGAUUUUCCAGAGGUAAUAGAGGAGUAUCUGGAGCAUGGUGUCAUGAAAUGUAUCGCCUUCAAUCGUCGCGGAACUCUUCUAGCCGCUGGAUGUUCCGACGGAAGUUGCGUUAUAUGGGAUUUUGAGACCCGGGGAAUUGUUAAAGAGCUUCGGGAUAGAGACUGUGUUGCCUCAUUAACAAGUGUUUGCUGGUCUAGAUGUGGUCGUCGCAUUCUUGUCUCGUCUGCUGAUAAGUCGUUGAUUCUUUGGGAUGUUAUGAGUGGCGAGAAGAUUACGCGUAUUGUUCUAGCGCAGACGUGCCUGUUAGCUCGCCUUUAUCCCGGUUCCUCUGCUCCAUCUACCUGCUUGGCAUGCCUGCUUUCGUCUGCUCCUGUCAUUGUUGACUUUAAUACGGGUACUACGACUGUGCUUCCAGUUACGAUACCUGAUAUGGAGAAUGGACUUGCCCCGCCGUUACGCAACAAAUCUUCAGAUGGAAGUCCGCCUUUAACUCCAACUGCUGCCUGCUUUAACAAGCGUGGAGAUCUGGUUUAUGUGGGGAAUUCCAAAGGGGAAAUACUUGUAAUAGAUCAUAAAAGCAGUCAAAUUCAUGGUAUGGUUACCGUUCCUGGUGGUGCUGUGAUUAAGAACAUAGUAUUUAGCAGAAAUGGGCAGUAUCUGCUUACCAAUUCGAAUGACCGGACCCUCAGAAUCUACGAAAAUCUUCUGCCUCUUAAAGAUGGCCAUACUGCUCUAGAAGACAUGAGCAGGACCAUUGAUGAGGUUGAUGCUGUCGAAAAGAUAAAGACUGUUGGAUCGAAGUGCUUAUCACUGUUCCGAGAAUUUCAGGAUACUAUCACUAAGAUGCACUGGAAAGCACCUUGUUUCAGUGGCGAUGGAGAAUGGGUAAUUGGCGGUUGUGCGAGCAAAGGAGAGCACAAAAUCUACAUAUGGGAUAGAGCUGGAUAUCUUGUGAAGAUCCUUGAAGGUCCAAAGGAAGCAGUCAUAGAUUUAGCAUGGCAUCCUGUUCAUCCUAUUGUAGUUUCUGUUUCAUUGACUGGUUUGGUGUAUAUAUGGGCAAAGGAUUACACUGAGAACUGGAGUGCAUUUGCACCAGAUUUUAAAGAGCUAGAAGAAAAUGAAGAGUACGUGGAGCGAGAAGAUGAAUUUGAUUUGGUUCCUGAAACUGAAAAGGUGAAAGAAUCAGGUGUUAAUGAAGACGACGAAGUUGAUAUUGUCACAGUUGACAAAGAUGCUUUCAGUGAUUCAGACAUGUCUCAAGAAGAACUGUGCUUCUUGCCGGCAAUUCCUUGUCCUGACGUCCCUGAACAGCAGGAUAAGUGUGUGGGAAGUUCUUCAAAGUUGAUAGACAGUAAUCAUUCUGUAUCUCCUCUUUCAGAAGGGGCAGGACAAAAUGGAAUAGCAAUAAACCAUGCAUCGAGUCCACUGGAAGAGGACACGGGAGGAACGCGUGUGAAAAGAAAACGCAAGCCUUCUGAAAAGGGGUUAGAGAUGCAGGCGGAGAAGGUGAGGAAACCCUUUAAGACAUUGAAAUCUUCUGGUAGAAUCUCAAAAGUAAAAAGUAAAUGUGCUGAGUUAGAUAUUAGUAAUGGUUUAUCUGGAGAUGAUGUUUCUGAUGAAUAGCAUUAGAUUGAUGUCUUGUAUCUGACUGGACAACAUGACAUUAUUUGGUAGCAUAGCGCAGGCAUAUGAUGAUAUAGGUAAUCUGAUUUGCACAAAAGUAGACAAGGUUGGUGUUGUACCAUACAAAUGCUAAUAGACGGAAAUUGAAAGUCAAUAUUGAGGAAGAUUUGUGAAAA